AGGCGAGGCGAGGCGAGGCGAAGACGGUUGCCACGAAAGCAGUUGUCGGUGGGUCAUUGGCGACUUUAGGUAUAGCUCGCUCCCGCAUUACCCCGGACGUCUCCAAUACCUACCCAGGCACGCCCAGGAUUCUGCCGACCCUUAGCAAGACUGACCAGCAUUCUUCCUAUCAAUCACUGCAGAUCCCAGUUGGUUUCCGCGUGGGGCGCCCAAGACUACUUCUUUCUCAUUCCCAAAACGGUCACGGAGCUCCGGCAGUUGAGGCCAAUCACUUGCUAGCAGUCUUGGCUCCUGGUCUGGCGCAUUGAUAUAUCAUAUGCUUGUCUGGCUGAGGGACAGCUACACGAUCAACCUCACCUGAUACCUCCAUCCUUCAGUGUUCUUCAGCAAACAAGGCAGUACUGUCAACAUGUCUUCCCCAAGGAAGGAGAACGUAUUGUCCCACUGGAAAUGUCUUGCCGCCUGUACCUUGGUUAGCAUGUGUCCAUUUCAAUAUGGCACAGACUUCGGUAUCAUUGGUGGUCUUCAGGCAAUGCCUGGAUUUCUCCAUGUGCGUUGCUUUGGCCGCUUGUUUUGCACCAUGGCCGUCCAGAGCUCUAACGUCAACUAGAUUUUUGGCGAGAAGGACCCAACCUCCCCGAUAGGCUACAAUAUCUCCCAUACUCGGCAACAGCUCAUCUCCUCGCUUAUGAUCUUGGGAGCAUUCAUCAGCUCCAUGUGCGGCGGUCCAAUUGCCGCAUUUGUUGGUCGAAAAGGGUCUCUGUGGGCUGCAUGCGUGGUUUGUGUCAUUGCCAACGUCGUCAUGAUGACCACGACAAGCAUUGGAGCUCUCUACUUUGCGCGUCUGUUCAUUGGCCUUGCCAACGGCAUGUUUCUCACAUUCGGCCAGCUCUACCUCCAAGAAUGCUCUCCUGCUCGGUACCGAGGUAUGAUGAUCAGCUUAUUCCAGACAUGGACCUCCAUCGGUUCCCUGGUGGGCACCAUCGUCGACAACUUCACGGUCAAGCUUGUGGGAAAGCAGCAAUAUAUUGUGCCUCUUGGUAUUAUCUACAUCAUCCCAGGAAUUCUGGCAAUUGGCGUGCUGUUCAUCCCCGAGUCUCCACGGUGGUAUCUCCUUCAGAACAAGCAUGAGAAGGCUCGCAAAGCACUCAAAUGGCUGAGACCAUUCCCCGACACUGUUGACGCCGAGCUCGCAGACAUGCAGCAAGCGAUCGAAGCCGAACGGGCUCUGGCUAAGAGCGCUGAUGUUCUUGACAUGUUCCGUAACCCGAUUGACCGACGACGAACAUACCUUGCUUGUGCGGCCAUCUCCCUGCAAGCUGCUUCUGGAGCUAUGUACAUGAUUUCCUAUGGCACAUACUUCUUCGAAAUGGCCGCCGUUGGAUCACCCUUCGAGAACGCUUGCAUUCUUACUGGAGUCGGCGUCAUUGCGAUAAUGAUCAACAGUGCUGUUAUCACCCGCUGGGGACGCAGAAGACUGUUCCUCGUCACUGGCAUGAUUCUCUGCGGUGUCGCGCAACUUAUUGUGGCAAUUGUUUAUGAUAAGCAAGGCGCAGGCGAAUCUACUGGAAAGGUCAUCGUCGGUGUGUCGGUUGUCUACCUCAUCGGCUAUAACGGCAUGGUUGCGUCUUACGCCUGGCUCUGUGGUGGCGAGUUCCCAUCUCAACGUCUCCGAAGCUACACGUUCGGACUGGCCACUUCCAUCGGUUUCCUCGGCGCUUGGCUCGCUACUUUCACCGCGCCGUACUUUAUCAAUCCUGAUUCUUUGAACUGGGGGCCCAAGUACGGCUACAUUUGGACGCCGUCAUGCUUCAUCGCUGCCCUGUGGACAUGGUGGUUCCUUCCAGAGACUCAUGGCCGCACAUUUGAGGAGAUUGAUGAGAUGUUCGCCGCACGUGUGCCAGCACGCAAAUUCCGACAGUACCAGUGCAUUGGAUCAGUGGCUGCGGCUGCAGCUGCUGCGGAGGAGAAGGAGGGUGCAAGUGAGAAGCCACAUCACAACACCAGAGUCAGUCAUGACGAGGUAGUCUGGUCGAACGAGAAAGCCGCCGCAGAGGCUGCCGUGGCCAUCAGUUGAGCGGUGGAAAUCUCUAAGCUCGAGAUUGGAAAUUGGAAACCGGACACCAGUCCGCUAGAACCUUCCAGGCUGAAAGGCUUGAUGACUGGCGGCCACAAUUGAUUGAACGGAUCUUGUUAACGGAGCUGGAUUUGGGUUGGCCUAGAUAGAGCUGUUCGGCCCAGAAGACAGCGAGGCCGACGACGAUGACGACGAUGAGGAGGAGGAGGGAUGAUGAGUGAUAAUGUUUGAAGUACAAAUUUUGAGACACG